GUUUCGUUCAUUCUUCACACGAUGGUUCGAGGGUUCAUCCAUUCCUGUUGUGGGGGUCUGUACGCUGCAGUGUACCCCUCUAAUCACUUCGGCACGCUCACAGGUCUGCAGUCUCUCAUCAGUGCUCUCUUCGCUCUGUUCCAGCAGCUGCUUUUCAUAGCCAUGGUGGGACCGCUGCACGGAGACCCUUUCUGGAUUAACCUCAGCCUCCUGCUCUUCUCAUUGGCCGGAUUCCUGUUGCCAGGAUACCUGUACUUUCACUGCAGAAACCUGGUCAAGGAAAUGCAAGCCAAGGACGGGACCAACCAAUCAGAAGAGGCUUUGAGGGGUCACCAUAGCAACGGCCAACUGCCAAACAGUGACACCUAGUCAGGAACAUCAAGCCGAAGACUGACACUAACUAAUAAUAAUAAUAAUAAUAAUAAUAAUAAUAAUACUAAUAAUAAUAAUAAUAAUAAUAAUAAUAAUAAUAAUAAUAAUCUUUGUAAAUAUUUCUUGGGAAGUUUUAUCAAAUCUUUUUAAGGUUUGAAGAUGAAUUGAAAUCAAAUAUAUAUAUAUAUUUUUUAACAGAUCAAAUUUAAAAAAUAUUUCAGUAUUAUUAUUAUUAUUAUUAUUAUUAUUAUUAUUAUUAUUAUUAAUUAGCUGGACUGUCAGCUAAUACUGCAUUUCAAACACAAAGACUACUUGAAAAGAAAAUAGUGUUUUUUAAACAGCUGCCUUUGAAUUGAAUGAAGCUGUCAAUCAAUCAAACUGAUCAGAAUUUCAAAAGCAAACGCAGGAAGCAAGUGGAGCAAAUGUUACAGGACUAGAAACAGAGACAGAGAGAGACAGAGACACACACACACCGAGACAGAGGGAGAGACACACACACACAGACACACAGACAGAGAGACACACAAACACAGACAGCCAGAGAGACAGACAGACAGAGACAGACACACAGAGAAACAGACAGACAGACACACACACACACACACAGAGUGAGAGACACACACAGAGAGAAACACACACACAGACAAACAGACACACACUACCGAGAGACACACAGAGACACAGACAGACACUACAGAGAGACAGACAGAGAGAGACACAAAGAGACAGACACAGAGGGAGACAGACAGACUGAGACACACAGACAAGCAGACAGACACACAGAGAGAGACAGAGAGACAGACAGGCAGACAGACACACAGACAGGCAGACAGACAGACAGACAGCUAGCUAAUUGCCCAGCCUCUCAUUCCUGUGCUUCUCCUUGCUCUGGGGGCUCCACAGUCCCACGCUGCGUCGACUGAAGGGAGGCUCAGGGGUUAGGGUUAGGGUUAGGGUUAGGGUUACAGCCAGCCUCUCAUUCCUGUGCUUCUCCUUGCUCUGGGGGCUCCACAGUCCCACGCUGCGUCGACUGAAGGGAGGCUCAGGGGUUAGGGUUAGGGUUAGGGUUAGGGUUAGGGUUACAGACAGACAGCCUCUCAUUCCUGUGUUUCUCCUUGCUCUGGGGGCUCCACAGUCCCACGCUGCGUCGACUGAAGGGAGGCUCAGGGGUUAGGGAUCAAAAUCAAAAAACAAACAGGUUUUGAACACUGAGGUCCAGAUUACUUUGAACUGUAUUAUAACAACAAGAAUAAGAAUAAGAAUAAUAAUAAUAAUAAUAAUAAUAAUAAUAAUAAUAAUAAUAAUUUUAUUUAUGUUUGUGUUGAAAAACAAAAAGAACAAAAUAAGGGCAUUUUCGAAGGUAUAAAAAAAAGAAAUUAAAAAAAGGAGAAUGAUAAAAAUCAUUAAAUUCAGGGAGCUGCGUUGAUGUAUAAAGUGAAGGGGCCACAAUUAUGAAGCCGGCUUUUCUGCUCUGGAGCCCUAAAUGUGUACCCUGUGCUGCGUGUGCGUGUGCGUGUGCGUGUGCGUGUGCGUGUGCGUGUCCUAGCCAAAACUUAAAACUGCCUCUGUCAGCUUCAAAUUAUUAUUAUUAUUAUUAUUAUUAUUAUUAUUAUUAUUAUUAUUAUUAUUAUAUAUACCUCAGUUCUGAAAUGUCUAGCUGCUAUAGUCAGCAAUCUCCAAACACUGUGCUCUUGUGAAAUGAAAAAUCUGCAGUUUUAGCAUUUGGAAAUAGUUACAUGUUUCUGUAAGUAUUUAAGAACUUUGUAAAUAUAUAUCUAUCUAUCUAUCUAUCUAUCUAUCUAUCUAUCAAUCUAUCUAUCUAUCUAUCUAUCUCUCUAUCUCUAUCUCUCUAUCUCUAUCUAUCUAUCUCUAUCUCUCUCUAUCUCUCUAUCUCUCUAUCUAUCUCUAUCUCUCUCUAUCUCUCUAUCUAUCUAUCUAUCUAUCUAUCUAUCUAUCUAUCUAUCUAUCUAUCUCUAUCUAUCUAUCUCUCUAUCUCUAUCUCUCUAUCUCUAUCUAUCUAUCUCUAUCUCUCUCUAUCUCUCUAUCUCUCUAUCUAUCUCUAUCUCUCUCUAUCUCUCUAUCUAUCUAUCUAUCUAUCACAUAUCUCUCUAUCUAUCUAUCUAUCUAU